AUAGGUCAGGUCGUGGGCAAGGUCUGUGGCCGUGAGCUGACCACCAAGAUGCUGCUGCCCAUGGUGCCAGCCAUGGCCAAGGGCAGGGUGGCCAGGACUACAGAUGAUGGGCCACUCCUAGACAAAGAGGACCUGGACACACUGUUCUGCGGCACCAGCAGCAGCAGCCUGCACAUCCAUGGCCUGCAGGAGGAGGACGAGGGGACGUACAGGUGCCGGGCGGAGAACAGGGAGGACUCGCUCGACGCCGUGGCCCACAUACAGGUCCAAGUUGCUCCGAGGUUUCUGAGGCAGCCGGCCAACGCUCUCGCCUAUGAGAAGGAGAACGUGGAGCUGGAGUGCAGCGUGUACGGCCAGCCAGAGCCCUCGCUCCACUGGCUCAAGAACGGCGAGCUGCUGGUGGAGACGGAAUACCUUCAGAGAACGCGUCCAGAACGUGAGUGCAGCUCCUCCAGCGAGGGACGAGAUGAAUACAAGACCCAGAUCAGCGACCUAAGUCCCGGGAGUAACUACAUGGUGCGGGUGGCGGCCCACACCUCCGGCGGCCUGGUGGGCGCCUCCAUACACGAGGUGCGGGUGUUCACCAAGCCGGACCUGGACCUGCCCUCCGCCUCAGAGUCUGAAAGUUGUCUCCACCUCACCCACCAGUCUGGAGGCCACUUGGUCGCCGCCCGUACUGGCCAAAACGCCCAUCACGGGAUACACCAUGUUCUAUGCGCAGUGACCUUCCUUUGA